AUUUCAAUAAUGGCAGCCACCAGUACAACGAACGACACCCAGACCCACACUCCAGAGAAAGUGAAAAAUCUCUUGUCUUCGUUCUUGGCUUCCUCUGAACAGACACGAACGGAAGCAAUAACUCGAGGAAAUGCAAGUGUGCAAGGUGAAAAGACUUUUCCAAGUGAUGGAACUGCAUACGACCUCCGACCCCGACUUGCCUGCUCAACCAGUGUCCUAAGGAGUUAUGACAGCUAUCUGCAGAGAUUAGACACAUUUUCAUCUCUCACUUGGUUCAACAAGCCGGCAGAGCUUAACCCCCUUAUCUGUGCUCGCUAUGGCUGGGAGAACAUUGACACUGACAUGCUACAAUGUGUCGGGUGCAAAGCUUUCCUCUGUGGUCAGCUCCCAGUCAAGACAAAUCCUGAAGUGUAUGAGGAAAGCCUGUCCAAGCUGAAAAAGAACUUGCUGGCUGCACAUGACAAGUUCUGUGCCCUUGCAGUCAAUCCCUGUCCAGAAAGUUUUUGUCGUGUCCCACUCCAUGAUCCUACCAAUCUCACAGCUGAGUAUACUGAACGAGCCUCCAAGUUGUCUCAGAUUCAGGAACGGCUCCCCGUUAUCGAUUACACAAGGUUACACGAGCUGGAAUAUGAUGAGGGUCAAGGGGCAGCUUACUGCAAGAAACACCUCAUGCCGGACAGUGACGUGUCCCCUCAAGCAGUCACGUUGGCUUUCACCGGAUGGACCACCAGUUCACAGAAUGUCCUUGUGUGUUGUAUGUGCCGCCGACAAGUUGGCCUCUGGAAUUAUGCCCAAGAGUCUUCCAGAGGGCUGGCUCCAGAUUCCACUACAAAGGAGAGCAGCGAUGAGGAUGAAGAGAGUAAGGAAAGUGGUGAACCUGAAGCUAAGAAAAGAAAAAUGAAGGUGUCUAUAAAGCAGAAGUUUGACCCCAUAGAAGAGCACUGGCACUGGUGCCCCUGGGUAACAGAGACAGAAGUGCCGUGUAGCUCGCCUCCGUCGGGACAGCAGGCCGCCCCAGCUCAGAGACAAAAGUCCCUGGCAUUUAUCACAGCCAUCAAAGUCACAGCUCCAGGACUCAUGGAUAACAACACUGGCCUGGCUCAUGCCAUGAAAACUAGUCCAAUGGUUGAAGGCCUGCGAUGUUUCAGACGUGUUAUGAAGUCCUGGUCAUCUCCUAAACUGUUGUCAGCUGGAAAUUCUCCGACCUGAAUCUAUCAUUCAAAUAUUUUUACGUCAAGGGUCCUAAUUGUCAUCUUCAUAUUAUAUUGUCUGAAGUCUCUCUUUUCUUAUGUUGAGUUGUUCAUUGUCCUUUUUGUACUUGUGGUUGUUCAAAUACAUUAAAAGUGGAGAGAGAAAAGUAA